UUCAACCAGUGGCGGAUGACUCAUCGAGGCGAAGGUGUUGAUUUUUUUCCUGUGUACAAAACUUGAUUAAAUGAAUCAUUAUUAACCAAAAUAUAUUAAAUUUCGAUAUUAAUAAUUAAUUUAUAACACCAUAAUAAGUAUUAAGGUUUAAAAGUAUUUUUGAAAGUUUUGAAAGUUUCAUCAUGGCUAAAAGUUUUGGUUAUGAUGGAUAUCAGUAUUCUUCUUAUAAAACUGGAUAUACGUCAGAAAGUCAAAAUGAAUUUUCACGAUUGUCGCAAGAGAUAGGAACAAAUAUUCAGAAAAUAUCACAAAAUGUUGCUUCCAUGCAAAAGAUGGUCAGUCAGUUAGGAACACCACAAGAUUCUGAAACUCUUCGUUCACAGCUCCAUCAAGUACAACAUUAUACUAAUCAGUUGGCUAAAGAUACCAGUUCACUUUUAAAAAAUUUAUCACAUCUAAGCAGUGCUUCAGAUCAGAAAGAUGUGAAGAUGUUAAAAGAUCGACUGACUGACGAGUUUACAGAAUGCUUAAAGAAUUUUCAAGAAACUCAGCGAACAGCAGCUCACAAAGAGAGAGAGAGCGUAAUGAGAGCAAGAGCAAGUUCAGGUUUAACAGGGAAUCCAUUUGAUGAUGGAUCUUCAAAAAAUGCAGUGAAUUUAAUAGAUCUAGCCAGUCCAACUCAGUUACAAAUGGAAGAAGAUGUCAAUAUAGAACUUUUAAGAGAAAGGGAAAUGGCUGUUCGUAAAUUAGAGGCCGACAUCGUUGAUGUGAAUCAAAUUUUCAAAGAUCUUGCAUCUCUAGUACACGAUCAAGGGGAAAUAAUUGAUAGUAUUGAAGUCAAUGUUGAAAAUGCUGCAGAACAUGUUACUGGUGGAACCAAACAAUUGGCACAAGCAAGGGAACAUCAAAGUAAGGCACGCCGCAAAAAGUGUUGUUUACUGGUGUUUGGUGUCAUAGUUCUCGCCAUUCUCAUCACUAUUAUAGUGAUAUAUACCAAGGACUGAAAUAUUUUUUCCUCCAUCUUGUUGUUAAUAGCCAUUCAGUCGAAUUCCCAUUUGGUCAGCACUAUUUUAAAGGGGAUUAAACAUCAUAGUAAGAUAUUUGUAUUUGAAAGAUUCUUAUUCCAAAUGAAAUCCCAAGAAUUAAAAAAAAAAUUUAUGCAGGAUGUGUUUAAUUACUAAAGAAAAAAAUUAUUUUAUAUAUAUUAAUUAUGUAAUAUAUAUAAAUGUCGUAUGUAUACGUAAUUAAUCCAAAUAAUUAUUCCAGUUUGUGAUUUCACCAAACGAAAUUUAAUUAAAUUAUUAUUUUUGAAAAAAAAAUUAGUUAAUUUAACUGUAACAGGUUUUGAAGAGUAAUAACUAUAAUUUAUGUAAUGUUAAAUAAUUUAACUGUAAUUAAAAGGAAUUCUCGAGCUAAAUUAAUUUAAACAUUCCAUCCACCAUCAACUCUUCAGUGUCUUUGCUGGCAUGACAUAGAAAUCUGUCCAAAUUUUUUCAUCUAUAAUGAAAUAAUUUAUUAGCUAUUUCAUUAUCAGUGAAAUUAUUGAUCAAUGUUGUGCAAAUACCUGAAGAAUUUAUUGAUUGAAUAUAUGUCUGCAUUUAAAUUAUGCUGCUUUUUUUACAUAUAUAUAAAAAGUUUUCAGAAAAAUUAUGUACACGUGUAUAUUUUUCUUCUCGUUUCUCCGUCUAAUUUCGUAGAAUUCCUCGUAUACCAUUCGUAAAUAUUCGGUCAAUAGUUUAUUAUUUUGCCUAAUUCUUUAUCAUAAUUUACUAUAUAAAUAAAUAUAUAUUUAGACGAAGGAAUCCAGGAAACGAUGUAUUUGCAUGAAAAAAUAUUGUAUGAUAUGUAUAGCUUCUUAUAAGGAAAAAACAAUGUACGCGAAGUUGUCUGACGGCAAUAUUUCACGAAUGUAUACAAAAACAAAACUACCAAACGUUUUAUUGCCGAAAUGCAAUUUAAAAAAGUUUGUGUAAAGUCAAAAUAAACAUUUUUUCUGAAAUAGUAUUUAUAAUCUCUUUUCAUAUAGUAAUUCCAUGUUCAUUGUUUAACAUUUCAGAUUUUCAGAGUAAUAAAUUUAAUAAAAAUUGCAACGAAGAAGCUGGUUAUUUAAAACUUGCCUGUAGAAAUACCAGGUCUUCACAUUCUUCUCAUACUGUGGCGAAAUGCACGCGGUGAAGGUCGUCCUUUAUUUUCAGGUCCUUCCAUGCCUCAAUAUGUUUAAUGCGUUCCCUUGGUGGGGGGACAAGUAUGAACUUUGCAGUAUGAAAUAUGGGACCUUGUGUUUCUUCAUGUGAAUUUUAAAUUAGUUUAUUGUCCAUAGUUGCUUUUAAAGGCCAGUUCGUCGUUAAAGAGUUUGAAUGGAAUUAUUUCCAACUGUUUUGUGAAGGUUAAGUUUACAGUACUCAUAAACCAAAGGUAAGAUUUUCACAAAGUAACAAUAUACAAUAAAACAGUUACUAAUACAGUGGUGCCUCGGACUUCGAAUUUAAUUCAUUGCGGGAGGCCAUUCAAAGUCCGAAUCAAUUUUUCCCAUUAGAAAUAAUGGAAAGCGAAUUAAUUCAUCCUCAGACGCUAAAAUAUCCAUUUCGAUAAACUUAACAAAUGGACAUAAUUUAAGGUAAAAAAAACAAGUAAAACGGCAAGGCCGUAUUUGGGACAAGACUGUCUCGGAGAC